GUCCACCCCCCACUCUAGGCUCGGGGAAGUGACGUGUGCGGACAAAGGCAGAGGCCGCGAGGUGUCUGGUCCGGUACAGUGGUGGCGGCUGCCUUGGGCUACGGUCUUUGGCAGCCUCCUUCUCAACCCGUCCUUGUCUCGCGGGUCCCCGGAGCCCCGACCCAGGGGAGCAGAGUGGUGGCUGGCGGCUGCGCGGCUGGUGACGUCAUGACAAGCGAGGUGAUUGAGGAUGAGAAACAGUUUUAUUCGAAGGCCAAGACCUACUGGAAGCAGAUCCCACCCACGGUGGACGGCAUGCUCGGGGGGUAUGGCCACAUCUCCAACAUCGACCUCAACAGCUCCCGGAAGUUUCUGCAGAGGUUUUUAAGGGAAGGCCCAAACAAGACAGGGACUUCCUGUGCCCUGGACUGUGGCGCUGGCAUUGGAAGGAUCACCAAGCGCCUACUCCUGCCACUCUUCAGGGUGGUUGACAUGGUCGACGUGACGGAAGACUUUCUGGCCAAAGCCAAGACCUACCUGGGGGAAGAGGGCAGGAGGGUGAGGAACUUCUUCUGCUGUGGGCUGCAGGACUUCAGCCCGGAGCCCAGCUCCUAUGACGUGAUCUGGAUCCAGUGGGUGAUAGGCCACCUGACAGAUCAGCACCUGGCCGAGUUUCUGCGCCGCUGCAAGCGGGGCCUGCGCCCCAAUGGCAUCAUUGUCAUCAAAGACAACAUGGCCCAGGAGGGCGUGAUCCUGGACGAUGUGGACAGCAGUGUGUGCCGUGACCUCGAGGUGGUCCGCCGCAUCAUCCGCACUGCAGGCCUCAGCCUCCUGGCUGAGGAGCGCCAGGAGAACCUGCCAGAUGAGAUCUAUCACGUCUACAGCUUCGCCCUGAGAUGAAGCGAGGACCAGAGUUGGGCGCCAGCAGCGCCAGGAGACACACCUGUCAUCUACCAUCGCCUCACUCCAGUGGGAAGGGACAAGCCCCAGGGGAGGUGUGCUCUACACUGGGCCACCGCAGCCCCGUCACUCCAAAGCACCCUGGCAGCUCCCCACAGGGCCUGUAGGCCUAUAGUCACCCACUGGACUAGCCGCCUAAGGGGAAAGACUCUUCACUUGUUCGCCUAGGACUGCUGUGUUCCAGGACAGUCAGGCAAGCCACACAUGGUACCUGCCACACGGUACCACUUACAGGAAUGGUCACAGCCCCAAAUCUUUGGUGAUGGGUCAGAGCAGCCUGUAGCUCCUUGGGAGCCCCUCUCUGACAGGCACAUGUAGCCAAUAAAAGGGUGAGCCCUGUUCUCCAAUG